AAACAUGAUCAUCAGUCCCCCAACUUGUUCCACGACCAAAUUUGGAUGCUCCGUGGCCCUUUGACCUGUCCGAAGCCCUUGCGUAGUUACUUCUCAAUUUCUCUGUUUUGAUUUUAAAAAAGUGAUAUAGGAAGUAGAGAAAGUGUUGCAGGGAAGAGGAAGCAGCAGGCAUGGAUGCCAAUAGCGGCGAGGACUUCGCAGUGGGUUGCUUGCUCUCCAUCAAAACCACAUUGGGAGACGACUUUGAAGGUCUAGUCAUCACUUACGACCGCCCCUCCAAUAUUCUUGUUCUUCAAGAGGGUUCGAAAUCAGGGCCUCGGCGAAACAUAAGGCUACUGAAGGCGAACUAUAUAAAGGAGUUCACUUUCUUGGGUCAAGCUGAUGAUCCUCUCGAACCCAAGAAAUGUUACCUUGAUCUCAACACUCUCCAAGCGCGGGAGGAAGCAGCUUUAAGACAAGCGGAGAUUGACGCUGAGAGGAUAGGUGUGGGCGUUACUAGUGAUGCUCAGGGCAUUUUUGAUGCACUGUCUAAGACGCUUCCAGUACGUUGGGACAAGACUGUGAUAGUUGUGAUGAAUGAAGUGCGCGUUAGCAGUCCAUAUCUCCCUGAAUCUGUCACUGGAGGAACUCCUGCUGCCAAUGAGCGUGUAAGGAAAGUGAUUGAUUUUGAAAGGAAGAGGCUGCAAGCUCGUGUUGUUGGCCAGUAAUAUGAUUUUAUCUUUGCGACUCUGUAGCUAUUGGGAGAAGUUUGUUGAGGUGAGGAUUGUGAUGGUUGUAUCACCUGUACUCUUCAAAACUCAUUCCAAAGGGCAUAUUAUCCCAUUGAUCGAAUUUUCUAGAGCUUAUAUAAAGAAGGAAUUUGAUUUUCA